UACAAUCUCAACAAUAUCGAACAGAUAUACAAGCUGCUCAUUUAGCGAAUCGAAUGCAACACAUGCACAUUAUUCCUGAUCCUAAUGCGUGUACAAGACCACGUCUACCAAACAUUAGUUCAUCGAAUACAGUAUCCUUAAAACAUGAAAUCUCAUCUGCAGAUAGCUUGAUUGGACGAUUCAAAGAUGUGAUGACCGAAUUUGUUAGUCGUCCUUAUCGUCAAUAUUCCUAUGAUACAAAUAUGCGCUGGAGUAUUGAUCAUUGUGAACAGAUAAGAUUUAGUGUUAUUGUUUCAAUAAAGAAACCUUGA